UUAAGUCCACAGGAAUUUCCGGGGGAAUCCCCUUAUUACGUGUUGCUUAUUUUAUAGCAAACAGAUGUCAGCAGUUGGGUCGCUGCACUGUUUAAGUACACAGGUAUUUUAUUAGUAGUUCUUACGCGAAAAUAAACUCUGUUGACAUGUCUUCAAAACGUUGUUUAAAAACUUUAUCUAUUGAUGAAAAAUUUAAACUAAUAAAGGAAGUAGAAAUGGGUGCGCGAAAAAAAGAUGUAGCUGUAAAGUAUGCUAUUCCGGCAAAUACAGUGUCAACUAUUUUAAAAAAUAAACAAACGGUUAUUACUGCAAUCGAAAGUGGUGGUGCAAGUGGGAGUUCAAAGAGACUAAAAAAGCCAACAUACGUAAAUGUGGACAAAGCAGUUUUAGAAUGGUUUAAAUCGGCAAGAACACGGAAUUUGCCUAUAUCCGGAGGAUUACUUAAAGAAAAAGCAUUGGAAUUUAGUCAAAAAUUAGAACAACCGAAUUUCAAGGCAAGCACUGGUUGGCUCGAUAGUUGGAAACGAAGAUCUGGUAUAUGUCAUAAAAAGGCGUGUGGUGAGAGUAAUGAUGUAAGCGAAGAAGACUGUAUGAAAUGGCAACGUGAUGUUUUACCUUAUUUAUUAGAAGGUUAUCAAGCACGGGACGUAUUCAAUGCAGACGAGACGGGCUUAUUCUUUAAAUGUCUUCCAGAUAACACCUUAACUCUUAAAAACCAGAAAUGCCAUGGAGGAAAGCACAGUAAACAGAGAGUUAUGUUGAUGAUUGCCGCAAACAUGGAUGGAUCAGAAAAAUUGAAAUUACUCUUGAUAGGUAAAAGUAAUCAACCCCGCUGUUUUAGAGGUGUUAAAUGGUUACCUCUCGACUAUAAAGCAAAUUCAAAGGCGUGGAUGACGGGAGCUUUUUUUGAAGAAUGGCUUCUUAACUUAGACAAACAAUUUGGAAAAGCCGGAAGAAAUAUUCUACUUUUUAUUGACAACUGCCCAGCCCAUCCUAAAGACAUCCAACAGAGAUUAAAGUUUAUCCAACUUGCAUUUUUUCCCCCGAAUAUGACAUCAAAAUUACAACCACUCGAUCAAGGUGUCAUACAAAAUUUAAAAUGUCAUUAUCGUCGCAGAAUUUUAAAAAAUACUAUAAAAUGCUUUGAAGUAAACAAAAAUCUUAACAUUACGUUAAUGGACUGUGUUGAUGAAAUAACUAAUGCAUGGAAUAUCGAUGUUAAGCCUGAAACCAUCUCUAAUUGUUUUAGAAAAGCCGGCUUCGGUCAAUAUUCUGAAUGGCAGGAAGAAGAUGAUAUUCCUUUGGUUUUCAUAAGCGAACGCAUAAAAGAAAGGAGUAAGGAAGAAAUUCAACUGCAGAAUGAAUAUGAAGCUUGGCAAAAUAUCAAAGAGUUUCCCACAGAUGAAGAUAUUGUAGAGCUAUUGGGAUCUAAAUCCGAAUUUGAGCUUGAUAGCGAAAGUGAUAUAGAAGAUGAUUUGCAAGAUGAUAUGCUGCAACCAGUUUCAAACGAGCUAGUUGCAAAUUCGUUCAAGAUUUUGCGGUCAUAUUUAAAAACCAAUGAACAUACAACCGAUUCUCUGUACAAUGGCUUAAAUAAUAUUGAAGCUUUUUUUGAAGAUCAGAAUAAAAAAUCCUCUCGUCAAUCCCAAAUAACUGACUUUUUUACUUUAAACGAAUGA